AUGACUAAGCACGCAUGGGACAACUACGUGAAGUACGCCUGGGGUCACAAUGAACUCCGUCCCAAAUCGAGGACUUUUCAUGACACCGACAUCCUUGGACGGGUACCGCUAGGAGCCACGAUUGUGGACUCUAUUGACACCCUCUACAUCAUGGGUCUAGAGAAGGAAUAUGAGCAAGCUUCUAAAUGGAUUAAAGAUAAUCUUGACUUUUCUGAUGCUUUCUAUCUUGAUCGCGCUCAGUCUGUAAUCGAUAACCUCCUCCCUGCUUUCGACUUAAAAUCGGGUCUUCCUUUCUCACUUUAUAAUCUUCAACAGAAAAAGGGCAGAAAUCCUCAUUGGGCUAGCAAUCAGUGUUAUAUUCUGUCAGAGGUCGGAACGUUACACAUGGAAUUCCAAUAUAUCUCCGAGUUGCUUGGGCAGCCUAAAUACAGUGAAAUUGUAAGUUCUUCUCUUCCAAUUCUGUGGGUUGAUUUAUCGAUUCAUGUGGAGAUGUCAUUGUUCUUCUAG